UCCAAAAGAAUCCCGCUUUCCUUUCAUGUGCCGCCUCGGUCCAAUCAGACGGAAGGAGAGGCGGCCUGCGCGAGGCGUCAAUCACGCUCGCUGAGUGGCUGAAGCGCCUCUCGUCUCGUCCGCUGGAGCUGCAGAUCACUCGAUCCUCCACCGCUGCUGGAUGUGUACGGAACCCGCGCGCUGUUCUUUACGGACGCUCACAAAUAUCGCAUUCUUUCUGGAUUGUUUUUCAUUUCUGAUGUUUCUCAAUUGCUCUCCGAUGCAGAGAAAUGGGUAAACUUCAUUCCAAACAUGCUGCUAUUUGUAAAGCGAGGGAGAGUCCUGAAGGCGAUAGUUUUGUAGUUAACGCAUGUUUGGCGAGGAAAGGACUGGAUGACUGGAUGGUUAAACAGAAGUAUUACUGCUCGAGCUCGCGUGAAGAACAGCAGGACUGCCAGCAGAAAAAUACCUGCGGACUGUCUCCACGGGACCCACUGGAUGAAGGUUAUGCUGAGGGCAACAGCGAUGAACAUUAUCGUUUAGAAGUGGCUCUGCCCCCUGAGAAGACUGACAGCUGCAGUGUGGAAGAGAGAAUGCAGGACACUGAAGGCUCUGCCACCGUCGGCCCACACAAACAAUUACAGUUUGAGGAGUUGGAGUGCGCUGUAUCAGUUGAAGAAGAUAACAGGCAGGAAUGGACUUUCACCCUCUACGACUUCGAUAACAAUGGCAAGGUCACGAGAGAGGACAUCACCAGUCUACUGCACACUAUAUAUGAGGUGGUGGACGCAUCAGUGAAUCACUCCCCCAGCAGCAGUAAGACCCUCAGAGUAAAACUCUCUGUCGCCCCAGACUCCAGCCAGAAAUGGAGGAACUGCACCCAGACCAACACAGACACUCCCCAUCCCAAGCACAAGGGAGAAAAGUGCAUUGAAGACUCCAAGACUUCAGAGAAAAAGUCAAGAGCUUUUCUUAGGCGUUACCAUGCUGACCACCACAACCAGCAGGGUUGUCAGCGGCACUGUGUGGAUGAGAACUUGGAGAGGAGAAACCAUUACCUUGACCUGGCCGGCAUUGAAAACUACACAUCCCGCUUUGGAACAGCAGCUCCUGCCACAGAACCAGCAAAACCCAACCACACCACACGUAUGUCCAAUCAGACACGAUCGCGUUCUCAAGAACCCGAGAAUGGUCACGUUUACCCUGCUCACCAUCGGCGCUCACAGACCAUCUCCACGGAUCCUCCUGCCGUCCUCAGCCGGCACACACACGCACUCCGUUCCCCUAAAACGCACCGCACGCCGCCCACUCAGGCCUCUGCUGGCCGGGUACUGAGGAGAGGAGCGCCGCCUCCCCCAGCGGUCCCCAACCAGACCCCUCCACACCAAAGCUCAGGCCCAUACCGACGGCACAAGCAGAGGCCUAAAGAAGGGCUGCACUAUCGGGCUCUGGGGCCAACCGUGACCUCCGGCCCAGUAGUGGAGAAAGAGCACGUGAGGGAUCUGCCCAGUCUGGUGCUAUAUGAAGGAGGACUAGCUCAGGUGGUCCAGCGGCACGAGCAUCAUCAUCAUCAUGAACAUCAUCAUCACUAUCAUCAUUUUUAUCAGUCCUGAAGAGUGAAACCAGAUAUAAAUAAGAAGAAACACAAGGAACAUGUAACAAAUGAAUGAUCUUAAACCUUCUUGCAUGGUCACGUUGAGGCUGAGAAGGACACAAAGCAUCAUGUUCAUGCCAAAGUGGCAGACAGUGUGUGCGCAUUUGUAUAUAUAAAUGUGUGUGAGAGGUUGUGUGGGUCGGUUUGAAUGUGCGUUGAUGUAGUCAGUCCUGUCUUUGGCAACAGGAGCUUUGAACAGGUUUACCUACUACGUAAGGGCUCUAUAUCUCCCUUUUUCUUUCUUUCUUUCUUUCUUUCUUUCUUUCUUUCUUUCUUUCUUUCUUUCUUUCUUUCUUUCUUUCUUUCUCUCUCUCUAUCUCUCACUCUCUCUCUCUCUAUCUCUAUCUCUCCCUCCAUAUCUCCUUUCUCAAUGCUUAUCUGAUUGGUCUGUUUGGUUGAAAAGGUGGUUAGCCCUGAUAAAUGAAGAAUUGUGAGUUGUCAAACCACUUUUGAAGGAAUACAAUUCCUUGGUUUUGUAAUUUACAUUUGUGUGUGUGUAUGUAUGUAUGUAUGUGUGUGUGUGUGUGUGUGUGUGUGUGUGUGUGGAUCUGCUCUUUGUGUGCCUAAGGUGUCUUUUCUUACACUUAUCCCGUUUAUUUUGUUUGUUUGUUUGUUUGUUCACUGAAGACCACUUGAAAAGCACUUCUUGUGCCAUUGCAUUCAAGACACUUUAUCUAUGAGGAGCUUCUCUCCGAAACAACAGAUCUGAAUCAACACCUUUAAAAAUGCAAUACAGGACACGUGUACAGACAGAGCCUGUAAAGACGCUCAAACCGUCAGAGAGGACUUUGUUGAAGGACAAUACGAGAACUACACUCUACCAAUCUACAUGAAGAAAACAUAGCAUCAUAAUCAGCUGCUACCUCUAGUAUUAUUAUGGUUAUCGGUAUUAUUGAUAUAAUUUUUUUUAUUAUUCAGAUUUUAUUUUUUAUUUGUCUGUAUGUUCUAAUAUGCCACCAAUCUGCAGUUAUGUUGAGAUGUAUUGGAUUUAAAUCCGUUGUAAGCUUUAUUACUGAAACUUACUGAAACAUUUAUAUUCAUUAUUUUUUUUAUUUUUGUGUGUUUUCCUGUCCCCGUAACUUUAAGCUAAUUGCAUUGUAAGACCACUAGGUAUCAGAGUUUAUAGUGUUAUUAUGUGUAUCAUACAAUAUGAGAUCUUAAAAUAAUCUUCUGAUUGUAGAAUAAUGUUCUGAAGUUUGUUAAAAAAAAAAUAAUUUAUUUGAAAAACAUAUUCCUGUCAUGUUUAUGGCAAGUCAAAUCAAAAGAUUGGAAAACAUUGAAUAGAGUUUAUAUUGUAUGACCCAAUAUUUUAUCUUCUGCUUGUUUAGUUGUAGUUUUCCUUAUUAUCAGUUCAGUAAUGAGAUCAUUCAAGCUGUCAUAUUUUGACCUUCGAAAGUGUAAAGGAAUCUGUGCUGCCAAGGAAAAAUAGUAUUUUAAUUUCUCAGGUUAAUUUGUUCACGUUUGAGUCAUUGAUUUGACAAAACGAUAUAAUCUGUUUUGAAGGGAGCAGUAAACCACUGGACUGUAAGCAUAUUUUGGAAAAGAAUCACCAUUGGGAGUGUUUAGUUUCUUUCAGAAUCCAAUAAUGUGUCCUCAGACUGAAUUAAGAUCUUGUAGACAGUAUGGUAGUGCCUUUAGCUCAGAAGUGCUCACUUAUUGGCAGAAGUGAGAUGGGUAUAGCGAGAAAACAAGUCUGGUUGAUUUGGAGUUCAUCUGUUCCCCGCAGCAGUUUUAAACAGCGUUUAAAUAGUACAUUAUGAAUCUAUUUUUGGUUCGAUGUAUCCCAAGUCACCUAGAGGGUGUGUGUGAGUGAGUGAGUGUGUGUGGCAGCUGUCUCAUUCCUCAGGGGCAGGAUGACAGUAUCGCCGCCUAGGAGUCUCCAGUCCUCCCAUAACUCACCAAUACCCCACUGACAGAGAGUUAAUGAGUGCAUGUGCAUCUGAAACCAGCACUACGGAAGAUUAUGAAACAGAAAAGCCUGCGCUUAAACUCACGCAUGUGUGUGUGUUAACUCACAGCAGGUGUUUUAAUAAUCCAAGUGUGUGUGAUAUAAUUGAUAUUAUCUCUCUCUUUUUGAUUUUUAUACACAGAAACAUAUAAAAAGCUAAAAAAAAAAAAAAAACCCAACUUUAGCUCUGUGUGGUACCAGUUUGGUACUUUUUGGCCUCAACAUGGACAGCAGUCAAACGAUGUGUUCAUUAUGUUUGGUUAGAACCUGUUCAACUUCAUAAUAUGUUUAGAGUAAGAUCAGUUGACUCUUCUGCUCAGUAGGAUGGUGGAAAUGUGAGAGCAUCACACAACACGAGACUCUGGAAAACUCACCUGCAGCUUCAGGGUGGUCUCAUCACAGCUAGUCUCGCUGUUGCAGGGGAAUGAAUGUGUGGAGCUUAGUUCUCCCUCUCAUUUUCUCAUUCUCUCUUUACAGUGAGAUAGUAUGAGCUGUUGCCAUUUUAAAUGAUUCUGACCAUUACUUAAACAUGUAUUGCUGCUAAAAAAAACAACCCAUGUCUUCAUGAGAAAAUGACAAGUUUAAACACGGCACAUGUGCAAAACAUCUGAAUGCACAGUAGGUUCAUUUAUAAUAAUAUUUCAAUAAUGUCCUGCAAUGUUCUUGUUUCUCUUUUAACACUGAUAUUUGUUUAGAUGUCUGAUGAUCAGUUGUGGCCUGAUGGAUGUAAAUACGACAUGAGUGGGCCGCUGUGGUGAUACCAGUAUUUUAGAUUGAUUCUGCGCUAUUUAUCUGGAUGAUCGGCUAUAGUGCCAUUUGUACCUAUAACAUUUUCUUUUGUGCUUUUGUUUGGUGUGAUUGAGUGUGUAGGGCGACACACACGCUUUCAGACUCAAAGAAAGUGAUUCAUGGAGGUGCUUGUAUAUAAAUAACACAAUGUGGUAGCAUUUUAUGCCACAACUGAACACUAGUACAGAUAAUUUGUGACUAUUCUAAUAAUUUUUUCAUGUUUUUUUUUUUAUUUUUUUUUUAGUUUAUAUAGAUGGAUGGAAAUAAUUGCUUUAUUUAUUUAAUAGCAGAACUGUGCCAAGAGAAAAUCUUUCAUUAAAAGCUGAACUGUUGCUUA